AUGGUUCGCCUGCUCACAACCAACUUUUGCAACGCAUAUCUCACUGCGUUUGUGCUCUCUUUCACUGGUGGUUUCCAGGACCCUCGUCUCCUCCUCCCAGGCUGGGUUGGCAUAGCCACUACUCUUACCAUGAUGUAUCACGUCACUCACCAAAAGAUCAACAUUCGCAAGGAGACGUCCACCUCUAUCAACGUUUUCUCCAUAGCUUGUUCCAUCACUAUGGUGACUCUGCUGGUACACCUCCAUCAGUCCACACCUGACUACCCCCAGAUGCCAAUUGUAGCUUCUGGUCGGCGUGUCUUUGAUGAAGCAUCGCGCGUUAUCACUCAGAUCAGGGGAAGCAUCGAGCAGCAUGAAGACCUGUAG